AUGUCAGGUAGAGGAUGCAGUAUUGUAUGGUUUAGGAGAGAUCUGAGAGUGGAAGAUAAUCCAGCAUUAGCUGCCGGAGUAAGGGCAGGGGCAGUGGUGGCAGUAUUUAUAUGGGCACCUGAGGAAGAAGGGCAUUACUAUCCUGGAAGGGUGUCAAGAUGGUGGCUUAAGCAGAGUUUGGCCCAUCUUGAUCUCUCUUUGAGGAGACUUGGCACCUCUCUUGUCACCAAAAGAUCUACUGAUUAUAUUUCUUCUCUUCUUGAAGUUGUCAAAUCUACUGGAGCUACUCAGCUCUUCUUCAACCAUUUAUAUGAUCCCAUAUCAUUAGUGAGAGAUCACAAAGCGAAGGAAAUUUUAGCAGCUCAAGGUGUAUCUGUUCGGUCCUUUAAUGCAGACUUGCUUUAUGAACCCUGGGAAGUUCAUGAUAAGGAAGGUCACCCAUUCACAACUUUUGCCGCAUUUUGGGAGAGAUGCCUUAGCAUGUUGUAUGAUCCCAAAGCCCCACUCCUUCCACCUAAAAGAAUUAUCUCAGGUGAUUUGUCAAGAUGUCCUUCAGACACUUUAGUAUUUGAAGAUGACUCCGAGAAAGGAAGCAAUGCACUUCUUGCUCGAGCAUGGUCACCUGGGUGGAGCAAUGCUGACAAGGCCCUGACCACCUUCAUCAAUGGAGUACUCAUAGAUUACUCAAAAAACCGUAGAAAGGCUGAUAGUGCUACUACUUCAUUUCUUUCUCCUCAUUUGCAUUUUGGGGAAGUCAGUGUUCGGAAAGUCUUUCAUCUUGUUCGGAUCAAGCAAGUUCUCUGGGCCAAUGAUGGGAACAGAGAAGGUGAAGAGAGUGUCAAUUUGUUCCUCAAGAGUAUUGGCCUUCGAGAAUACUCAAGAUACAUGAGUUUCAAUCAUCCCUAUAGCCAUGAAAGGCCAUUACUUGGUCACCUAAAAUAUUUCCCAUGGGUAGUGGAUGAGAGCCUUUUUAAGGCAUGGAGACAAGGUAGAACUGGUUAUCCACUGGUGGAUGCUGGAAUGAGAGAGCUGUGGGCCACUGGCUGGCUACAUGACAGGAUACGAGUUGUAGUCUCUAGUUUCUUUGUGAAGGUGCUGCAGCUUCCCUGGAGAUGGGGAAUGAAAUAUUUCUGGGAUACCUUAUUGGACGCAGAUCUUGAGAGUGAUGCUCUUGGUUGGCAGUAUAUAUCUGGUACUCUUCCGGAUGGUCGUAAGUUUGAUCGUAUUGAUAACCCACGGCUUCAGGGAUACAAAUUUGAUCCCAAUGGAGAGUAUGUUCGGCGAUGGCUUCCUGAACUUUCUCGAUUGCCAACUGAAUGGAUACAUCACCCUUGGAAUGCACCAGAAUCUGUUCUCGAAGCUGCUGGAAUUGAACUCGGUUCCAAUUAUCCUCUUCCCAUUGUUGAAAUUGAUGCAGCAAAAGCCAGGUUGCAGGAAGCACUAUCACAGAUGUGGCAGCACGAGGCAGAAACUGAUAAUGGAAUGGAAGAGGGACUUGGAGACUCAUCUGAAUCUGCCCCUAUUGCAUUUCCUCAAGACAUGCAAACUGAGAUGGAAAAUGAAACUAUCAGAAAUAACCCAACAGGUACAAGAAUUCAACUGUACGAGGAUCAGAUGGUCCCGAGUAUGACUUCGUCUUUGGUUCGAGUUGAGGAUGAAGAGACCUAUAUUGAUCUAGGAAACACUGUGUUUGAUAGCAGAGCGGAAGUACCUAUAAAUGUAAAUGUGGUCGAAGAGCCGAGAGAAGAACCACUGGGACAUGCUACUAUGCCAACAAUUAGUACCAAUAAUGCUUUUCCACAAUUUUAUUUUACAAGAGGUCGAAGGAAUUCCGAAGAUUCAACAGCUGAAUCAUCCAGUAGUAGUAGAAGAGAAAGGGACAGGGAUGUAGUUCCAAUUUGGUCUCCUUGA